CGUACAUGAGAUGGAGGGGGGAAAAAACUUGUCCACAAGUGAUUCAGAAUUUUGAUAUCUUUAGACUUAAUGACUGCUUUCUUCUUCGCAGCGAGAAAGGGUGCCUUAAUGGCCUCUCUAAUCCUUUUGGCUCUGUUCACAUCUAAUCUUCUCAUCACAGAUGCUCAGAUCGGUGUGUGCUAUGGCAUGUUGGGCAACAAUCUGCCAUCGAAACGCGAAGUGGUGAAUCUUUACAGAGCCAACAACAUCAGACGUAUGAGACUCUACGAUCCCAACCAAGAAGCUCUUGAAGCUCUUCGAAACUCCGGCAUCGAGCUCAUGCUCGGCGUCCCAAACUCCGACCUUCAGAGCCUAGCCGCCAGCAGCGCCAACGCCGAGCAGUGGGCUCAACGCUACGUUUUCAACUACUAUCCCUCCGUCAACAUCAAAUACAUCGCCGUCGGCAACGAAGUGAACCCUGUCGGAGCCAACCGGGAGCAUGCCCCGUAUGUCCUUCGGGCCAUCCAGAACUUGUACCAAUCCAUUAGGAAGAGAGGCCUUCAAGACCAAAUCAAGGUCUCCACCGCCAUUGACAGUACCCUCGUAGGGACGUCAUACCCUCCGUCCAAGGGUAGCUUCCGAAACGCCGUCAGAUCAUACUUGGACCCUAUCAUCGGCUACUUGGUGUAUGCAAACGCACCGUUGUUAGCUAAUAUAUACCCUUACUUCAGCUAUGCCGAUAACCCACGUGACAUAUCUCUGCAAUAUGCUCUGUUCACUUCUCCGAGGGUGGUGUGGGAUGGUUCGAGAGGGUAUCAGAACCUGUUCGAUGCCAUGUUGGAUUCGGUCCAUGCGGCUCUGGAUAGUACGAGGAUUGGGCAUGUGAAGGUUGUAGUGUCGGAAAGUGGGUGGCCUUCUGGUGGGGCAUUUGCGGCAACCUACGAUAAUGCGAGGAUGUACCUGGACAAUCUGAUUCGCCACGUGAACAGAGGUACUCCGAUGAGGCCUGGACCAAUAGAGACGUAUCUAUUUGCGAUGUUUGACGAGAACCAGAAGUACCCAGAACGGGAGAAACAUUUUGGGCUGUUUUAUCCCAGCAAGCAGAAGAAGUACCCCUUCGGCUUCGGGUCAUAAAACAGCUUGAAACCCGGUGCAAAUGUCUGAUGAAUUUAACGUAACGUUUCCUAAGAGCUUUAUAUACAUAUAUAUAUAUAUAUGUAUGUAUAAAAUAAGGUUUUGACUUUUGAGUAUUGAACAACUGACAGAAGGGGGUAUGAUAAAUACCCCUGUAUGUGUGAUUUCGUGUACGAAUAAAUAAGAAGUGCCUGCAGUUUGUCUUUUGUCAUUAUAUAA